UUUCUAUAGCAUUUAAAUGGAAAUUAAACAGCCACAAUUAGUGUAAUUGAACUCAAAACAACACUCUUAACAAUUCCACAAAGUCAACUAGUGUAAUUGUAAUUGAACAGCCACAAUUCCACAUAUCAAUCCCUUAGUGUAAUUGAACUCAAAACAACACUCUUAACCAUUAAUCGCUAAAAUAUGAGCACUAUUCAAAGUCAACUAGUCACCAAAUCAACUGCAAAUUCGUUAUCCUUCUCAACAACAUGUGCUAAAUGAGUAACAUCACCAACGUGGUCUUGGGUUGUUCAUCACCAACCCUACCUUCAUCGCAGUUCCUACUGCCGCAAAUCAGCCAAAAACAACAAAACCUAAUAACCUCAGGGACAUUAGCGGUGGACUACGAAGGAGCCAGCCGGAAUCUCUUUCUUAAAUUCAGAGAGAACGCUGACGAGUUUGAGAUCGCCGUACACCGCCGCCGCUCCUCCGCCGUCGCUCCUCCAUCAUCUGAUUUUCUUUGGGGUUUUGAGCAGAGGAACGAGGAGGAGCUCCUCGGAAUCUUCUGAUGGUGGUGGUCGUCUCCGACGAGAGAGAGGAGCGCAGAGAGGAGAGAUGGAAAGGAGAGAGAGAGGAGCGCAUAGAGGAGAGAGAGCGAGAGAGCAGGAGAGAGAGAGAGAUAGGAGCGCAGAGAUAAUGAAGGAGGAGGAGAGAGAAAUGAAAUUUCCUAUCUGUAAGCGCGUGAAAGAACCUGCGCGUGGGCAAAUAGGCUGACGUCAUCAUGGUCUGACGCGCGCGUGCGUCAGGCCAUGUGAUACAAAAGCAGCUGCAAAGAAAAUCAUAAAAAGUUGAUAUACAAAUAAAUACUUCGUACAAAUAACUACAGUAUCUGGGCACUCUUCUCAAAUCAGUGACUAUGCAAAAGUUUUUUUUAUUUAUGGAAUGCCAUAAUUAUUGCCAUUGAGUUUAUCUUUUUAGGGGAAAAAUUGCCGUUUAUUAUCUACAACUAACAAAGUAAACUGCAAAUAAAAUAUCUGAACAGCCAAACCCCUCAUUCAAUAAUUAACUGUUUUAUUCAUCCUUUCCAUUUCCUGAUUUUCCCUCUACUUCCUUUACUUGUUUCAUUUAAUCUUGCGUUUUGAAUUUUCUGAAUUUCUCAGUUUCUAAUCUUCUCCACACAAAAUUUGCAUGUCUUAAUUUUGUGCUAAUCAUAUGAUUAAAUGCUGUAAACUUUAGUGCGACUAUUAUUAUUAUUAUUGAACAGUCAAAAUAACUGUUAUUUUUCUGGAACUACCAAACAAUCGCAACCUACUUCUUCUUCAACAAAGAGAGAACAGAGAAGACAAGAGAAGAGAAAACAAAGAGAGAACAGAGAAGAGAAGAGAUGAUGUUUUAUUGAAUUUGUUUGGGCCAUUGGAUUUUCACCGUUUCCAAAUUCAAGCCUUGCACCCCUUGAUUUGGCUGUUCAGAUGUUAUUCAUUCCUUAAGAUUCACGGAGCACUAUACACGGAUGAGCGCGAUUAUCUUAAGCCAUGGAUGAGCCCUACAAAGGAUCAAAAUUCAUCUUUUCUUCUUGGGUCGUCUGCUAUCAGAUUACUAGACUUCUUGCACUUACAUGUUAUGCUUUGCUACUUCUACCUGUUUUAAUUCAAGCUGAACCAUGGAGAAGGUCUACUUCUAGGCUUGGGAAACCACUGACUGUAGAUGAUGGAAUGAUAUAUUCUUGUUCUGGGAAAUUCUUGUAUGUUUUUACGAGUAAUGGGUCCAUUGCUUCGAAUAUACACCUCAAUUAUACAUGCAAUGGUAGCAUCACCCCAGUUUAUGGGGGUAAAGGGAAGGUGUAUAUCAUUGCAGAAAAUAAAGUGCUAAGGAUCAAUUCUUUGAGUGUUGUAGCUUCUGAUCCUGCUGUUGAGCUUUUAUUUGGUAAUGAAACGACAGGGGGAACUUCAGACGAAAUCCUUGGACUUUCUGCAAGUAUGUUAACAUCUUCUGUCUAUGUAAACAUUAAAAAUAAAGGAUUCUUUGCAUAUUCUUUGAGGGGUAGACUGCGUUGGAGUGCUUUACCGGUGCUUAACCAAUUCGGGUAUUCUCAAGGUUGCAACAAAAAUGUUACAGAUUGUUACUUCACUUCUUCUCCCGUUUUUGAUAGUUGUGAGAGCAGUGUAUAUAUUUCAAAUAGUGAGGGAGAACUCUAUUCUAUAUCAGCUCGCCGUCCUCAUUUUAAAUGGAUUCAGGAUUUGAGUUUAUUUGACAAAGUAUUCACUGCAACUCCAGGAAACAAUGGCUUCCUGUAUGUCACAGUUCCUGCCAAGGCCAUUUUACUUGGCUUAGAUGCUUUUACAGGUGAUGUUUUGUGGGAGGUUAACAUUGGACCAUUAAGUUAUGCAGAGCAGUCACCUGUUGUCGAUUCCAAUGGGUGGGUAUCUAUUGGUUCGCUUGAUGGAUUCCUGUACUCAAUCUCACCAGCUGGGAUCCUAAAGAAGUUUGCAAAGGCAUCUCCAUUAAACUCUGUGAUUCAAGUCAGUCCAGUUCUUGAUUGCUCCGGCUAUGCAGUUUACAUUUCUCAGACAGAAAUGGAAGGGAAAAGCAGCCGUGUAAUCGGUAAUUACACUUUUGUCUCUGCAAUGAAACCCAAGAGUGUUGUUUUUUCAUUGUUGGUUCCUGCCACUGAAACUUUCUACUGGUCUGAGACAUAUCCUGGUGAAUUUGUAUCAAACCUAUCUCAAAGUGACCUACAAAAGUUCAAUGUAGACGAGGAGAUUGUCCUCACUUUUAUCGCUGCAGCAAAGAUUGGAAACCCACUUCCAUGCAGAAGCAACAAUCUGAAACUUGCAUUUAGUUGUUCCGAGUUGAGGCCUAAGAGCAUCAGUGUUUAUACCGGAAACGAAAGAGCCAUACUUUUAUUCUUGCUGUUUGAAACUAUUAUCUUGGUUGUCUUGGCAAUUAUUGUACGAUUCUGCUGGAUAUUUUGGGGUAAGCAGAAGCUUCGAAAUCAAGAUCUUGGAAAGUUCCUCGACAAAAGACAAUCACUGCGGCUUAAAAAGAAAGAGUAUGAUAACACGAUUUCAGAGCUAGAGAAGAAGGCAGCAAAGGAGGCAACAAGCAGCAACGUUUUGGAAAAUUUAAGCAAUUUAGUACGCGAAAGAGAAGGCAUAGAGAGGAAGCUUUCCACAACUUACAGUUUAGGAAAAGACGGCAUCAGUUCAUUAUCAAAACCUGUACUUCCAAUAUUUGAUAAGAAAACAAGGAGCUAUUCUUUUCGAGGUUCAAAGAGCGAGAGUGUCACUAUUUUUCACACACACAGCACUACUUCAGACGAUGAAAGUGGGCCAGAAACAAACUCUGAGCAAGAUUUUGAUUUUCCUAAGGAAAUAGAGUUGGUUGCUAAUGAUGAAAAGGGAAAAGGGAAGGCGAUAGAAGAAACUGAAAUAAGUUCUAGUGAAGAUAAUAAUGAAUGGGAAGCCUCUUAUGAUAGUUCCUCAGGAAUAAGUCCGGGCUUUCAUGACUCUUUUCAUGAUGUAAACAUGCUACCGAGUAGGGGUGGAAAGACAUGGUUGUUCAGGAGAAGGUCUUUAUCCUCAACUACUUAAACAUCAUUUAUGUGUUUGUAGUAGUUUAACCAUUUUAUUAAUGGUAUUUUAGUACGUGAGAGAGCCACAAAGUGCAAUGAUGUAGACAAUAUUUUAUUUUACUUUUUUAGUACCAGUAAUAGACUUGCUAUUGUAAUUAUAAGCUUCAAAGAUUGAUCGAUCAUUCGAUCAUUGGAUUUUGAUA